GCACGUGGUGAAGCAAGUCCCUUAUAAAUCUCUCUGCAACCGGCCGCCUGUUGAUGUUGUGUACUGGCACGCGCUCGCACGGACCACGGAGGGACUGCGACUUUCUCAUUUGUUUUUUCGUAGAAGGGGAUGGAGGAACGCGUUAACGCUCUUCCGUUGCACUGAAGGGAAAAUACCAUUUCCCCACUCCUCAAGUAGUUUUGCCAUCUAUCAUCUCGGUCCCUCCACCGGUUCCUUUUACACUCUUUAAGACCUAAACGGUUGUGCGCUAACAGCUUUAUUGAGUUUUGUACUCGACACCUUCCGUGCGCCAGGACGGGGCAACUUAAACAGACUGUAAGCUACGGUGUGUUGUGGGAAGAAGCGAUGCACGGUUCCGCGUGAGGAGCCCUUGGAGUUGAUCUUCUGAGGGAAGUGAAAGGCAGGCUUGUGUGGAGUGCGGAACUGGGCGCAGUUGGACAGCUUUGGGUGCUCUGAUGCGGUGGAGGUGUGCGCUAACCCGCAGGCUGCGCGUCUGUGUCCAGCUACUGGAGAUUGCGACCUAGUCGGUUGUGGUUUGUUUUGCUUGAGAGUUAGAUCGAGUUUGCCGGGGCAUUUUAUGGUCACAAUUCGGUCUAUGACAUUAGCCCGACAAUAGAAACUUUUGUAUGACAUUAGUGUAGAUUUACUAUGAAGUGAUCGGGUUUGUGGAGUGAGGAUCCGACUUCGUCUUUCAGCUAUUCAUCUCCUGCCUAACGGAUUUUACAGAUCAUUUCACUUCUUUGAUUUUUGCUGGUUGAAUGGAUUUUCAGGUAUAAUUUAAACUACAGAGCUUGAAUUUGAUACACAGUAUACUAAGUAUCAUUGACAUCGAAACGAAAAAGGGUUUAAAUAACAAACAAAGGGAAUCACGAGAGAAUAUAUUUUAUAGUUUUUUAUUUAGUACACGUUGAAAUGAGUAAAUAUCCAUAUAUUUAAUUUAAGUAGUGUCUGUAGGCCUAGUAACACGUCACCAAAAUCAGUUUUACAUACAGAAUCAAGACGCUGCUGCUUUGUAGACCGUUUGGAGAGUUAAAGAUGAACUUCUGCGUCCUGAGUCUCCUUCUGACCCUGGAUUUAGCCACUGUUGCUCUCAGUCUGUCCACAUGUAGUACGCUGGACAUGGACCAGUUCAUGAAAAAGCGGAUCGAAGCCAUUCGCGGGCAGAUCCUGAGCAAACUCAAGCUGACGAGCCCGCCGGAGACUUACCCCGAGCCCGAGGAGGUGUCCCGGGACAUCAUUGCUAUCUAUAACAGCACCCGAGACCUCCUGAAUGAGAAAGCCAACGAGCGGGCAGCGACCUGCGAGCGCCAGCGCAGCGAGGAGGAGUACUACGCCAAGGAGGUGCACAAAAUAGAUAUGCAGCCUUUAUACCCUGCCGAGAAUGUCAUCUCUCCCAUGCACUACAACCCCUACUUCAGACGUCUGAGGUUUGACGUGAGCUCCAUGGAGAAGAACGCCUCCAACCUGGUCAAAGCCGAGCUCAGGGUCUUCAGGCUGCAAAACCCAAAGGCCCGCGUCUCAGAGCAGAGGAUCGAGCUCUACCAGAUCCUGAGCCACAAGGACCUGACGUCGCCGACCCAGCGCUACAUCGACAGCAAGGUGGUGCGCACACGCACCGAGGGGGAGUGGCUCUCCUUUGAUGUCACCGAGGCUGUCAGCGAAUGGCUGCUGCACAGAGACAGGAACAAUGGAUUCAAGAUCAGCCUGCACUGUCCCUGCUGCACAUUUGUGCCCUCAAAUAACUACAUCAUCCCCAACAAGAGUGAAGAGCUGGAGACACGCUUUGCUGGUAUUGAUGACAGCUUCAUCCACGGCGGGGACCUGAAGGUGUUUAAGAAGCGCAGACACAGCGGCCACACCCCUCACCUGCUCCUCAUGCUGCUGCCCUCCUACCGCCUGGAGUCCCAGCACAAGAGCCACCGCCAGAAACGCGCCCUAGACGCUGCUUUUUGCUCCAGGAAUGUGCAGGAUAACUGCUGCCUGCGGUCCCUCUACAUCGACUUCAAGAAGGACCUGGGCUGGAGAUGGAUCCACGAGCCCAAAGGCUACAAUGCCAACUUCUGCGCCGGCGCCUGCCCCUACCUGUGGAGCGCUGACACUCAGCACACCAAGGUGCUGGGUCUGUAUAACACCAUUAAUCCAGAGGCCUCAGCCUCUCCCUGCUGUGUGUCUCAGGACCUGGAGCCCCUCACCAUCCUCUACUUCAUCGGCAAGACCCCCAAGAUAGAGCAGCUCUCCAACAUGAUAGUCAAGUCCUGCAAGUGCAGCUAGGAACCGGACGGACACACACACACACACACACACACACAAACACACACACACACACACACACACACACACACACACACAUA